AUGAGAUUGUCAGCAGGUAUUUCACCAGGUAUCAUAUCCACACGAAAUUUGAUUUCAUGUCAUGGCGUGGUGGCUCCAAUUGGCCGUGGGGUCAAUAACUUCCCUAUCAUUAGGUUCUAUUCUAAAAAUUCAAGUUCAUCAGAGGAUGAAAUCGCCAAGCAGAAACGAGACAAGUCAGUUGACAGGAUCCACAAGAUUAUAUCCAAGUCACGAAUGCUUACAAAAUUAAAUCAGCAGCCGAGAUUUAAACACUACUUUGAUCAGCUAGCAGAAACUAGUCCGCUGUCGACGAUUACCUCGUUCUUGAUUCUCCAUGAGUUCACUGCAAUUGUUCCAUUAUUCGGCUUUUGGUGGAUUCUAUAUACUCUUAAUUUGAGCGACCAAUACGAGCUGCCAGUCUACUUUACAGACCAGCUCAAUCGUUGCGGAGAUGCUAUUGAAAAAUUGGUGGGCAAUCAUUACGAGGGUUACGAUAGAAAUAGGCUCAUUCUAUCAGGUGCGAUUUCAUAUGCCAUUGUAAAACUCCUUUACCCUCUUCGGGUUUUAGUAAGUCUGUGGGGAGCACCAUAUCUAGUUAAGUGGAUACUUGAGCCAUUCAAACGGCUUCGAAAAUUCUCCGAGAAAACAAGAAAAGGGAAGAGCCAUAAAUAG